AUGGCUAGCAUCUUCUGGAAGCUCAAACACGAGCUUUUUCUCACUGACCCGGCUUGGGACAAGGAAAGACGGGAGGAGAAGGGUGUAGUGAGGAGAUUGGAUAUAUUCUUCAUGUCUUAUCUCUCGCUUUCGGCUAUCGUAAAGUACCUUGAUCAGCAGAACAUCUCGAACGCCUACGUCAGUGGCAUGAAAGAAGACCUUUCUCUCUACGGCAACGAAUUGAACCUCUUCACGACAUACUUCAACAUCGGCUAUCUUAUCGUCAUUCCCAUUUCGGCAUACGUUAUCAACAGCGUCGUACGCCCUAGUAUCUGGCUCCCCACCUUGGAACUCGUGUGGGGUAUCCUUACCGGGACUAUUGCCGCGGCCAAGAACGCGAAAACGAUCUAUGGAAUUCGCUUCUUGAUUGGCUUUUGCGAGGGAACAGCGUGGCCAGGCACUAUGAUCCUUCUUUUGAGCUGGUAUACCCCAGCCGAGAUUGGUCUGCGACUCGCUAUCUAUCAGAGUGCGACGUAUCUGGGAGGUAUCUUUGCUGGAGCUUUGCAGGCUGCGCUUUAUACGAAUUUGAAUGGCAAUGGAGGUCUUGCAGGCUGGCAAUGGCUUUUCGUCAUCAACGCCGUCAUCACCGUCACCAUCGCCACUUGGGGCUACAUCGGCUGCCCCGACUAUCCCAACCGACCAAACCCGCUUGGCAAAUGGCUCAAGCCGAGGCACGUGGAAGUUGCUUUGAGGAAGAUGGGAAAUCAGGGGAGGGCGUUACCGGUUGGGUGGAGCUGGGCGACGGUGAGGAGUUUGGUUUCGAGGCCUCAAAAUUGGGCAAUCUGGGUGGGGUAUAGUAUCUACAGUCAAGCGGGGAGCGGAACGGGGUAUUUCAACUUGUGGCUGAAGAGUUUGAAGAAUGGGGAUGGCACUGCUAGAUACACGUACGUCUUGACCUCUUUCCAUCACCGGGGCUUUGCUCACUGA